GGUGGAGUGGAGGCGGAGCACCGUUGGGGACUUUGGCGAGUGGAGGGAGGCCAUUGAUUUUUAGGGUUUUAGAGUACUUUUGAACGGAGGAAAGACGAAUCUGGAUCUUAGUUAUCCAGAAAGACUGACUGGGUAACCGUUUCCAUACGCGGAAACAGAAACCAAUCGGGAAACUGUGGUUGAAUAUUCCAAACCGCGAGGGACCGUGUAACGCAGUUUAGCCCUUUUGGAAAGGGGCGAGCAAUUGUCCCAAACCCGGCGACGUGUUCUGUCGUUACAAGGGACCACAGAACAAGAGCGCAAGAAAUUUGAGCUCCUAAGAACUGAAAAUUUUGAAUUUAUAUCAGCUGCCCGAUAAAGCCUACACUUGGAUUAUCUUUAUUGAUUGUAUUAUGUGAUUUAACGGGAUACAAAAGCAUUGCGUCUCUGUGGAGCGUUGCCUCGCGCACCCCUCUCGGUGAUGAAUGACUAUUCACACGCGCAGCGGGGCUUCAAGCAAAGAACAGAUGCAGAAACCGAGAAUGGAUGCGGCUCAUGGCUUUUGUAUAGCCUGGAUGAUUUUCAGUUGAAUAAAUUAUAUUGUAUAUGAAGAGGAAUCAAGUUACAAACCUUUCCUUCCUGAAUGAUGUAUUUGGAAAAGAAACCUAAUUAGGAUACAUCUCCGCCGCCUGAUUUGAGUCACUGUUUAGGGUUUUCUUUGUGUCGAGAUUUUUAGGCUACGAUUCACGUUCACCCAUUUGGGUAUCACAUUUUGAAAAGAAAGGUCUGUCCAUCCCACCCCUUCUUCUCCGGCCUCCAAGAUAGAUUCCUUCAGGAGUAAGGUUGAGCUCCUCCGCCUGCCUCUGGCCCUCUCAUCCAAGUCCAUCAGCCACCGCAAGAGUCAGCUGGGCGGAGCCGGGCAGCACGGCACGGGGGGAGGAGGUGCCCACAGGGGCAAACCCCGCCCACCGGCCUCUGACAUGGACAACGAGUCGCAGUACUCGGGCUACUCCUACAAGUCCUCACACUCCCGCAACUCUAGGAAGCACAGGGAUAGGCGGGACAGGCACCGCUCCAAGAGCAGGGACGGCAGUAGUCGUGGAGACAAGUCGGUCACCAUCCAUGCCCCUGGAGAGCCUCUACUGGACACCGAGUCCACCCGCGGAGACGAUCGGGAUGAUAACUGGGGUGAGACAACCACCGUGCAGACUGGCACGUCAGAACACAGCGUCUCCAAUGAGGACCUGACGCGCGUCUCCAAGGAGCUCGAGGAGUCCUCCCCGCUGGAAUGCCGGCGUUUCUUGGGCCCAGGAUUGGGUGCCAUCCUUGGCCUCUUCGCCCUGGUCACCCCCCUGGCUUUCCUGGCUCUUCCGCAGCUGCUGUGGCGCGAGACCCUGGAGCCCUGCGGCACGCCCUGCGAGGGUCUCUACGUCUCCCUGGCCUUUAAGCUCCUGGUCCUCCUCAUCUCCACCUGGGCUCUGUUCCUGCGCCCGCCGCGCGCUACCUUGCCUCGCUUCUACGUCUUCCGCUGCCUGCUGCUGGCGCUCGUCUUCCUGUUCGUGGCGUCCUACUGGCUGUUCUACGGCGUGCGCGUGCUGGAGCCCCGGGAGAGGGACUACAGGGGCAUCGUGGGGUACGCGGCGUCGCUGGUGGACGCGCUGCUCUUCAUCCAGUACCUGGCCCUGGUGUUGCUGGAGGUCAGACACCUGCAGCCUGCCUUCUGCCUCAAGGUGGUGCGCACAACUGACGGGGAAAGUCGCUUCUACAACGUGGGACAUCUCAGUAUUCAGAGGGCAGCAGUGUGGGUGCUGGACCGGUACUACAGUGAUUUCCCAGUCUACAACCCUGCCCUCCUCAACCUGCCCAAGUCCAUCCUCUCUAAGAAGAGUUCUGGCUUCAAAGUCUACACUCUGGGUGAAGAGAACAACACUAACAACUCUACGGGUCAGUCCAGAGCGAUGAUCGCUGCGGCCGCCCGCAGGAGAGACAACUCCCACAACGAGUAUUACUACGAGGAGGCAGAGACGGACCGCAGGGUCCGCAAGCGCAAGGCCAGGCUGGUGGUGGCGGUAGAGGAAGCCUUCACCCACAUCAAGCGUCUCCAGGACGACGAGCCAGCCGCGUCGUCCCCCAAACACCCCCGUGAGGUGAUGGACCCCCGGGAGGCAGCUCAGGCCAUCUUCGCCCCCAUGGCCCGGGCCAUGCAGAAGUACCUGAGGACCACGCGCCAGCAACCCUAUCACAGCAUGGAGAGCAUUAUCAACCACCUGCAGUUCUGUAUCACGCACAACAUGACCCCCAAGGCCUUCCUGGAGCGCUACCUUUCUCCAGGCCCCACGCUGCAGUACCAGCGGGAGAACGGUAUGGGUCGCCAGUGGACCCUAGUGAGCGAGGAGCCGGUGACAUCAGCCCUGAGUCGGGGUCUCGUCUUCUCCCUGCGACGUCUCGACUUCUCCCUGGUUGUCACGGUGACACCCCUCCCCUUCCUCCACCUGGGGGAGGAGUUUAUCGACCCCAAGAGCCACAAGUUUGUCAUGAGGCUGCAGUCGGAAACCUCUGUGUAGAGAGAGGGAGAGAAAGUAGUGGAUAAAGGGGGGGGGGUGCGAGAGAGGAAGAGGGAACUUAUGAUUCAUCUUUCCUCAAAGCCCAUCUCUCUGUGUUGACCUCCGUGUGAAAAAGGGAGAGAAGACGGCUAUGUGUCUCUUUUUUUGCACAAAGCAGUGGAAAUGUGGCGUCUGCUACCAAGGGCUGGAGGAGAGACCUCUGUGGCUAUCCCGUUUUAUUAACUGUGUGUGAAUGUCUUUGUGUGUGUUACUGUGUUAGUCAUUGGGACUUGUAUGUUUCUCAUUCCUUGACAGUAACUGGACCGCAUUAUUUGAAGUUGACAUUACUACAUUACUAACCAAUGAACUGAUAAAAUAUUAAAGAUAAAUGUGAAUAGGAAGACUUGAUUAAACAUUUUUUUUUUUUUUUUAAAGAACUAGAAAAGUUACGUGCUUGCAAAAGUUGCAAAUUAGCUACGACGUCAACCAAUCAGGUGAUUGGAAUCACUGAAUCGACAAAUAAACUGACUGCUUCCUGACAGUGGAACCAUUUUCAUUGGACAACAUCUGACCCUGGUCCAAAGGAAGUGGGUUGUUCUAGGGACAGCUGAUGAAUGUUUAGUUGAAACACUGAGCAGCUGAUUUUCAUAAGAAAUUAAACGUUUAGGAUAUUUUUUGUGACGUUUAUUAAUGGAUGUUAUGUUGGGGACUUUUGAGGUGUAUUCCAGUGUUGGUUUUAUAAUGAAGAAGACGGAACAGAUACAAAAAACAGACUGAACCUAUUGUCGUCAUGAUAUGAGAGGUUAUUUUUGUUUUUGGUCCCAAAUAAAAGUCCAUAUCAGAUAUAGGGCUGAGUCCCAAUAGUAUCUAAUUUCUCCUGAAUUGUGGACUCAUUUACUACUUCCCAUCAAAAGCAUUGCCUUGGUGGAGGCCAGGGCUAGUGGGAGUUUCCACCAUAUUACUUAUACCAGUCAUCAAGUCAGUGAAGAAGUCAUUUUUUUGUAAGAAAGAGAGACACAUCCAUAGUCAUGUGUACAACAUGACCACUGUACUGUUCUGAACAUUUGACCAUGCCUAAACACACAAACUAACACAUUUGUUUUUAUUAACCUGUACUUGCGUGCAGUUUAAGAUAUGAUUUGUUCGAUUCAAGGCUCUGAGGUGAACAUCAGCAACAGUCCUUAUGGGUCCAGCACAAACAACGGUUCUUGGGCUCUUUGGCAGCUUAGAGCUGCUGUCGUCUGUCUCCUAUUGUUGUAUAUAAAUGUUUUUUAUCUUUUUAUAUGUGUACCAUAUGUUUGAGACAAUGGUAGCUUUUUUCCCCUUUUUUUCUACAUAAGAAAUGCAUUUUAUUUGAUAUUUUUUAGUAUCACUUCAUGUUGUAAAUACAUUUGUAGAUUGCAGUUAUGAUGUGAAUGUUUUUCAUAUUUCAUAAUUUUAGGACUAAAUUGUUACGACCUUUUCAAUAAAUUAUCUCUCAUGA